GGGAGUGUCCUGCCCAAAGUUUCACAUCUGGAUGCAUGGCUUAUUCUGAUGGACAAGGAGGUAUCGCCUGUGGUUUCAUCCGCCAGAAUUCUAGCAACGCUGUUUCCUUGGAUUUUGAACCCAACACCGAGUACCGAUUUGUGGAACAAUUAGAAGAGCGCUACAAAUGUGCCUUCUGCCACUCGGUGCUUCACAACCCCCACCAGACGGGGUGUGGGCACCGUUUCUGCCACCACUGCAUCCUGUCCCUGAGAGAAUUAAACUCAGUGCCAAUCUGCCCUGUAGAUAAGGAGGUUAUCAAAUCUCAGGAGGUGUUUAAAGACAAUUGGUGCAAAAGGGAAGUCCUCAAUUUAUAUGUGUAUUGUAAAAAUGCUCCUGGAUGUAAUGCCAAGAUAACUCUUGGGCGAUACCAGGACCAUCUUCUGCAGUGCUUAUUUCAAGCUGUGCAGUGUUCUAACGAGAACUGUCGGGAAGCAGUCCUACGGAAAGAUCUGAACCAGCAUUUGAGCACAUACUGCCAGUUUCGAGAGGAAAAAUGCCUUUAUUGCAAGAAGGGCGUGGUUGUCAUCAGCCUGCAGAAACAUGAGGAAAAUUUAUGUCCUGACUACCCAGUAUCUUGUCCCAACAAGUGUUUGCAGAUUAUUCCAAGAAUGGAGGUGGAUAAGCACCUUGCUGUGUGUCCUGAAGCGGAACAAGCCUGUCCAUUUAAGCGCUACGGCUGUACCGUAAAGGAUAAACGAGGGAACCUGAAAGAGCAUGAGAAUUCAGCAUUGCGAGACCACAUGCUUCUGGUGUUAGAAAAGAAUUUCCAAUUAGAAGAACAGAUUUCUGAUUUGUAUAAGAGCCUAGAACGGAAAGAAAGUAAAAUCCAGCAACUAGCAGAAACCGUAAAGAAAUUUGAAAAGGAAUUCAAGCAGUUUUCACAGUUGUUUGGCAAAAAUGGAAACUUGCCAUCAAACAUCCAGGCUCUUUCCAGUCACAUUGACAAAUCCGCGUGGUUAGAAGCUCAAGUGUGUCAGUUAUUACAAAUGGCUAACCAGCAACAAAAUAAACUUGACACGAAGUCUUUGGUGGAAGCGAUUGAUGCAAUUAAACAGAAAAUUACCCUGCUUGAAACCAAUGAUUACAGACUAGUUGUUUUGGAAGGCCAGACUAACAAACAUGAUGCUCACAUUAAUAUUCAUAAAGCGCAGCUGAAUAAAAACGAUGAGCGAUUUAAACUGCUAGAAGGUGCGUGCUAUAAUGGGAAGCUCAUCUGGAAGGUGACAGACUACAAGAUGAAGAAAAGGGAGGCAGUGGACGGACACACAGUCUCCAUCUUCAGUCAGCCCUUCUACACCAGCCGGUGUGGCUACCGGCUCUGCGCUAGAGCUUAUCUGAAUGGGGACGGGUCCGGGAAGGGGACACACCUGUCACUGUACUUUGUGGUGAUGCGGGGGGAGUUUGACUCACUGUUGCAGUGGCCAUUCAGGCAGAGGGUGACCCUGAUGCUUUUGGACCAGAGUGGCAAAAAGAAUCACAUUACGGAGACCUUCAAGGCCGACCCCAAUAGCAGCAGCUUUAAAAGGCCCGAUGGGGAGAUGAACAUUGCAUCUGGUUGUCCCCGCUUCGUGGCUCAUUCCACACUGGAGAACACCAACAACACCUAUGUUAAAGAUGACAUUCUGUUCUUGAAAGUGACUGUGGAUUUAACUGACCUGGAGGACCUCUAGUCAUGGUUUCUGGGACUGAUAAAAGGACUUCUUAGGUCCAGACCUGUGGAGGAAGCUGUCUGUGACUAUCAUGUUAGCCUGAAUCUAGAC